AUGGAGAAAGUACUUGCUGGCAUUGGAUCAGGCAAAGCUUUUGAUCGAGUGAAUCAUGAAUAUCUGUGGUUGCUGCUUGGUAGAUACGGCCUGCAGGGGAGGUUUAUAGAUUGGCUGAAGACAUUAUAUAAAGGGGCUGAGAGCUUCCCACUUGUUAAUGGUUGGGGGCGGCCUUUUGAGGUCGGCUCUGGUGUGCGCCAGGGAUGUCCUUUGAGCCCCCUGCUAUAUGCUUUCGCAAUCGACCCCUUUGUAAGAAGGCUAGAGGGCGCAUCGUUGUGCGGGGUGCCUCUGGGCAUUGCUGGUGUGCCGCCUUUGAAAUUCGUUGCCUAUGCCGAUGAUGUGUCUGUUAUUAUCUCUGGGACUGAGGAGGCGUGGGGAGGUGGUCUCUGUGAUAGAGCAGUAGACGGAGGCUUCUGGCUCUAA